AAAACGGAACAGUGAAAAUGGAACACAAGAAAACAAAGAUGCGUAUAAUUGUAUACUUCCUUCGCAUUGUGUAUCACAGUUAAUAAACAAAUCCAUAAAAUAAAGAUUUAAAGUAUGUUUUCUUAUAAGUUACCAAACGGAGGUUUGCAUGCUAGAGCUUACUUUAAUGCCAACGGUGACAUCAAAUUUGAUCCUCCAGUAUAUGAGCAGCGUUAUACUACAACCGUGCGCAUAUUGGAAGAUCCACGUUGGGGGCAAACAUUUAAAAAAGUAGUAGAUUUUGGAUGUGCUGAUAUGCGAUUGUUGUCGCUGUUACGACGAACCGCAGGAAUUGAACAUAUUCUAGAGGUUGACAUUGACGAAGAUCUAUUAAGGAGCAAUAAAAUUAGAGCAGAGCCCUUGGUAUCCGACUAUUUACAAAAACGUGAAACUCCUUUACGUAUUGAAUUAUUAAAAGGAAGUAUCGAUUCGUCGGCUGAACAAUUAUUGAAUGUAGAUGCAGUCAUUGCCUUGGAAAUAAUUGAACACUUGUAUCCAAAAACCUUAGAAAAUGUUCCACAAAAUAUUUUCGGUUUCAUGCAACCCAAAAUCGCCAUAUUUUCAACACCAAAUUCAGAAUUUAAUGUACUCUUUAAGCCAUUAUUGGCAAAUGGCUUCCGACACGAUGAUCAUAAAUUUGAAUGGACACGGUCUGAAUUCAAGGAUUGGGCAUUAAAUAUUUGUCAAAAAUAUCCAAAUUAUAGGGUUGCUUUCAUCGGUGUUGGAGAUGCACCGCCGGAUAAAAAGAAUAUUGGUAACGUAACUCAAAUAGCAAUUUUCGCACGUUGUGAUGUACUGGAUCCUUCUCUUUCGGAACAAUAUCGCAGCAAGGUGUCUGUGGAUUGUAGACCCGAUGCAGAUACUCAAUACGAAGAAAUAUUUGCUGUAGAUUUUCCAAUUUAUCUUGAUGAACGUAGUAAAGAACAAAAACUUCUGGACGAGGCGCGUUAUCAGAUCAGUCGUUGUCGACGUAUCGAUAGAUAUUUCAAUCGCGAUUUGGGUGUAUAUCAAGUACCGCUCACUGUUUUAAAGGACUAUAUUGAAAAUAUUGGAGCUACAAUGCAGGAAUUGCUAAUUGUUCUAAAAGAUAAUGAUAUUGAGGUAAAAGAUGAAUACAUCAUAUUACCCGAAUAUGAAGAGGAUGACGACAGUUAUCGUCACUAUGAUGACUGUUACGAUGAGGAGUAUGGUUUAUGGAAUGAUGUUGAACAUGCUGAUGAUGAGACCGGAAAUGAUGACGAACGAGGCGCAUGCGGUGGUUAUUCUCAUACUAAGGAAGACUACACUUAUGAUUCUGAAGAAAAUUGGGAUUAAAUGAGAUUUUAAGAAAAUGAUAUGGUUUUUAGUUACUGUAAAUAAUAAGUGAGUAUUUAAUAUGUAUAAGAAAAUGGCUAAAAGAAAUAAAGUUGAAAAAUAUGUACAAAUUAAAUUAUA